AUGUCUAAUAUAAAAAUAUCCACAUUAAAUCCAUAUACAAUAAAUAAUAAUAAUAAUGAUAUUACUACUACUACUACUAAUAAAAACAUAUUAUCACUUCCAAUUGCAAUACAACUAAAGUUAAAUAAUGAUAUAAUACAACAAAUCAAAGAAUUAAAUAAAUUAAAUGGUUUAAAAACUGUCAAAUUAAUAGUAAAAGAUGGUAAAUAUUCUAUAAAAAUUACUGAAGAAGUUCAAUAUCCUUGUUUAAGUCAACCUGAAAAUUUAAAUGUUGAUAUUUAUUCAUUAAAUAACGAAAGUUCAAUAAAAAAUUCAAAUUUUAAUUAUGGUGGAAGAGUUUCAACAAAAUUAACAGUUAUAACAGAUUUAAAAAGAAUAAAUCAAUUAAAAAAUUCAAAAUCUCAAAAAAUUCAAUCUUCAAUACCAAGUCCAAAAUUUAUAUCAAGUCCGAGAUUUAAUACUUCUUCAAAUCCUAGUCCAACUAUAACUCCAUUAACUUCACAAAAUUCCACACCAUCAUUUUCACCACUAAAUAAUUCAAUUGAAACCACUUCACAGAAAAGGGAGAGAUCCAUUACUCCAAUCCCUUCAUUAAAUGAUACUUAUUCAAUAUAUUCACUGACUUAUAAAACUAAUCAUUUUAAAAUAAAUGAAAAUGAUACUGAAAUUUCAAAAUUAAAAAAAUUAUUAUAUCUAGUUGCAUUAGGUCCAAUUUCAAAUGAAAAUAUAAUUAAAUUAUUAAAUUAUAAAGAAAUAGAGGAAUGGAUACAAAAAUAUUGUCAAAUUUAUAAUAAAAAUGAUAUUUUUAUACAAAAUGAUAAAUUUCCAUAUAUUGAAAAUUUAAAAAAUUCUAGCUUAUAUAUUUUAAAAGAUAAAUCUUAUAAAGAAAUUAUACCAUUAAAUUGGAAAAAUUAUGAUGAAAUUGAAAAAAAUUUAAUUUUUAAAAAUAUUAAUAAUGCAUUAACAAGAUUAGGUUAUUCAAAAACUCAUCCAUUAAGAAAUAAAAUUAUACAAAUUGAUAACUUGGAUAAUAAUUCAAAUCUACCUCAAAAUCAAAUUAAAUCAACAAAACUUGGUGGUGGAUUUUUAAUAAGUAAAGAAAUUAAAAAUAAAAAGAAAAAUGGUGAUAAUACUAUAAGUGGAACUACAAGUCCCGUAUCUAAAUCUAAAUCUUCAACUCCAAUAUCUACUCCUUCAAAUACUCCAAAAUUAAAUCAAUCUUCACAAUUUAAUGGUCCUAAAAUUUCAAAACAAGAUCAACUUUCAACUUCUUCAUCAUCAUCAUCAUCAAGCAUUAAAACACAUAAUACAAAACCAUUAAAUAGUUUGAAAUCUAGAUCAGUUUCUCCUAAGGUUAACAAUAGUGUUUCCACUAAGAAGGAGGAAUCAAAAGGGGAUCUGUCACUGCAUUCACUGAAAAGGCAACAAACCUCAGUAAAUACAAAACCUAAUUCAGUUACUAAAAAUAUUAAAUCAGCAUCGCAAACAACACCUGUCAAAACAAACCCUAAUUUAGUUGCUGAAAAUACUAAAUCAUCAUCACAAAUAUCACCUGUCAAAACAAAAUCAAAUUCAACUGCUGAAAAUGUUAAAUCAUCAUCACAAAUAUCACCAGUUAAAACGAAUCGUGAUAAUUCGACUUCAAAUAAAAUUGAAAAAACCGUAUUAAAUAAAACAUCACCUAAAAAAGAGGAAAGUCUUGAUCAUAAAUCUUCCACUAAAUCCUCCAAAACUUCUACUAAUGCUUCACCAACAAAACGUCUAGCAUCACCAAUCAAAUCUAUUGAGACUAAACCGAAACCAAAAUCAACAUCCAGCGCUAGCAAUACAAUUUCAACUUCCUCAAAAGCUCUAGCAUCACCAAUCAAAUCUAUUGAGACUAAGCCAAAACAAGAAUCAACAACUACUGAAAGUAAAACAAUUUUAACUUCAUCAAAACCUCUAGCAUCACCAAUCAAAUCUACCGAGUCUAAGCCAAAACCAAAAUCAACAUCCGUUGAACGAAAUACAAUUUCAACUUCAUCAAAACCUCAAUAUGUCGAACCCUCCAAACAUAAUUUUCCGAUCACAUCAACGACACCCAUUGCAUCAUUAUCAAUUACUACGGAUAAUUCAUCAGUUAAAAAUCAAGAACUUAUGAGAAAAAGAACUUUCUCAAAUACAUCAACAUCAUCAAUAAAUUCAAAUACAUCAUCAAUAUUACUGAAUAUAUCGGAUGAUGAGCCUUUGAAUACCAAUCAAAAAAGAAGAAAAUCAAUUACAUAUACUUCACCUCCUUCAUCAUGUGAAGAUGAAAUGAUUAUGCCAAUUACUAUUUCAUUACCAAAAAGAAACAAGAGAACUAAAAAGGAAAAUUCAAUUAUUAAUGAUAAAAUUAAUGAAUCUGAGGAAAUUAAUGAAUCAUUACCAUUGAGUAAAUUAAAUAAACAAAAAUUUUAUGUUCAUUCUACUACGAAAGAAAAUAAUGAAUUAAAUGUUUCUGAUUCAAACAAUGAAAAUAAGGGUUCAAAAGUUAAAUCAGAGGAGAUCAACCCAAGCUCAAAUGAUUCAAUCAAAUUUAAUAACAAAUCACAAUCACCAAAAUAUUUAUCUUUUAAAUCAUAUAUAAGUAACAAUCAUAAUGAAAAUAAUGAAAAUAAAAAUAAAUCAAAUUCAAAAAUCAAUGAAUCAAGAAACUUAACCAAAUCCACAACUCAUGACGAUUUAGAAAUAAAUAAACUACAAUCAAAUGAACUAAAUAACAAAAGUAACACAACAAAUUCUACAUCAAAUACAAAUUUUAAAACAACUCCUCAAGUCAAAGUUCCAGUUAAUUUACCUCAAAAACCUCAAUCAUUUCAACAUUUAGAUAAUCAUAAAACUAAUAAGAUUAAUACCUCGACACCAGUGAAAAAGUCAGAGCCAAUUAGUGAACCAAAACCAGUAAAGGAAUCAACACCAAUAUCAUCAUUACCUCAACGUCCAUCUGGUCCUAAAAUAAGACCAAAAGGUCCAUCAAGACCAGCUGAAGACUCUAGAGAUAGAGAAUUAGAAAGAAAUCGAAAUCGGGAAUUAAUUGAUCAUUAUAUUCCACAGCCAAAAUCAACAAGCACUUCAAAUUUAAAUUCAACCUCGACUUCAACACCACCACCAAUAUCACCAAGACCCAUUUCCAAUUCUUCUUCCACCACAUUAAAAAGAAGUUAUCAAGAAUCUCAAUCUCAAAAAAAUGAAGAAGAUAAAAACAACAAUAAAUCUUUUACAGCACUAUCAAGUUAUGGUAAUGAAAGAUAUAAUGAUGAUACAACCCAAUCAAAUUAUGGUAAUGAAAGAUAUAAUGAAAGAUAUGAAUCAACAACACAUUCAAAUCAUGGUAAUGAAAGAUAUAAUGAUAGAUAUGAAUCAACUACAAAUAAUAAUAAUAGAAUAAAUUUAAAAAGAAAAAAAAUAAUGAAUUACUAG